UGAAUAGGUUACCCACAACGCACCGCGGUCGUUCCUCAGUGGUAAAGAUGGCGUCGAGGGCACCAGCUGCGUCAGGCCGGCUCCUGGUUGGAUUCCGCAAAUGGUAUUACAGCAUGUGUGGCUUCAAUAAGCUCGGUUUAAUGCGCGAUGACACACUCUAUGAGGAUUCGGAUGUGAAAGAAUCUCUGAAGAGGCUUUCAGAGGACCAGUACAACGAUAGGAUGUUCAGGAUCAAGAGAGCAAUGGAUCUCUCCAUGAAGCAGCAGAUCCUCCCCAAAGAACAGUGGACGAAAUUUGAAGAGGAUGUCCAUUACCUGACACCCCAUCUGGCUGAGGUGAUCCGUGAGAGGAAAGAAAAAGAGGAGUGGAUGAAGAAAUAGAUGCUUCCUGCUCGAAGCUCUUAAUCCUUAUCUUUGGUCGGUGCAUAAUUGUCUCCUGAUGUAGUAUUUAAAAUGAAAUGUGAUCUAUAUAAGACAGUACUCAUUAAAAACAUUUACAUUUUCGAA